CCCAAAUAAACAAAACAAAAUAAACACUAUAAAAGAAACAUAUUGCACCUCUUUCAAAUUACACUUAGUCCCAUAAUCUUCUUAGCUUAAAACCUGUUUGUGAAACCAAACUCUUCAUACUUCAUCUUAAAAACCCAACCUAUGGGUAACAAAAACUCAUCAAACUCAAAAGUACAUGGGAAGACAACAAAGGUUUCUUCCAUUGAUCAUGUUCCAAAACAAAACAUGAUGCGUUUUCCAACAGAACAAGGUCAUAGAAUCAAAGGUACAACAACAGAUGAUGAAUAUAUAGGGAAACACAAGAUAGAGACACCACUUGAUAGUGAUGAAACAUUCAACAAUUUCAUUCGACGUGCUAAGUAUAAAAUCAGAACCGUCACAAUGUCCAAGUCCAAUAUUGAAUGGGAGCAGAGUAACAACACUGUACCUGCAGCACCGGAUCAUGAGGUUAACAUUGAUAACGACAGUGAUAAAGAAAAUUACCAAAGGAAGCAGUUUGAUGAUUUUAUUCAGAUUUCUAAAAAGAAAAUGAGGGCUACGUCAACCAUUCGAAAUAAUAGUUUCUUGAAGAAGCCAUGAAAAUUGUCGAAUUGCUUAAAAAGUUUGGUGGUGACUAUGUGUUCUGCUUCUCAUCGUCAUUGUUACAUGAAAAUAAGGUCCCAAUAUAGGGACAUGGUUUGAUUCUUUUUUUAUUUAAAAUAUGACAAUGAAACGUAGGAGCAUUGUUUGAGUUUUACAAUAAAACUAUAAUUCAUAUUGA